AUGAAGGAUCCGCCUGAAACGCUUCUGAAACAGGUCUUCAAGAAGGGAGAUCCGAAGAAGCAGUGGCGGGACCUAAAAGCGAGGAUGAACGAGGAGUACAAGCCCUGGCACCAGAUGAAAGAGCAAAUCCGGGAUCCGAGCGACGUUUCACAGAAGCUUCGGGCACUCUGGAGCCAGCCUGAUCUCACGACGUUGGAGGGCUGGGAUCUUGGAUCUCAGCAGGGCAAGGUGCGAGAUGCUGUGACCUUGGAGAAGCACCUCACUUGCCUGGGUCUUCUGCAGAAGGAGCUUGGAGACAAGGACUUGGCGCGGCGGGUCUACGACGUGAUCGCAGAAGAGAACGAGCACCGGACCUGGGUGGCCACUGCAAUGGGCCCUCCACCUCUGAAUGUGACCCAAGUCACCAAGGAGAAGAGAAUGCCAAAGAUUUUGGAUCGGAUCGCUGCAGAGGCGCCGGAUCUCGUGGCAUUUCAAGAGUAUGACAUGCAUCGGCUCAAGGCCAAGAAGCGCGAGUUCCAUGAGCACAUGCGCGACAGGGGAUACGAAGGUGCGCAGCUCCUUUGCCCAGGGCAGGAAAGGGCUGGUAUUGGCAUCUUUUGGAAGCGGGAGUUCUCCACCAAAGCUGUGCAGCAGCAGAUCGCGCGCGGGCUGGAGGAGCUCUGGAAGGGAGGAAGAGCCCUCGCGGAGCUUGCCGACUCCGACUAUGCCGACACCUACGGACCAGCCGGGACCAGGGUGGAAGUCAAGGAGAGACGGGAUGGCACAGCCCUCGUGGUGGUCCUCCACAGUGACAAAGAGGCCGUGAUCCCACGAGACAAGCUCAAGGAGAAGACCCAGAACGAGCUGAAGGAAAAGAGCAUCGGGAACCUGGACUUGCAGGAGCGGGGCGAUGGCAAGCUCAUGAAGACCAUGGACCGGCGAAGCCUGGGCUUUGUCCGGCUCCAGAUCCGCGGGCAGCCUCUGCUCUUCUGCACGACUCAUUUGAUGACCGCCAGCCGGGAUCUUUCGGGCCGCGUCCGGACCGACGCUCCGACCGCAGAAGAGCUCUGCAGCAUCAACGCCCUCAUGAGCCGCUCGGCGCAGCUUGGUGAUCUGGUGAAUCCAGAUGAAGCUGUCAUCCUCUGCGGGGAUUUCAAUAUCAAUAGCCGCGGGAAUGCGCACGACUUCAUCUGGACCAAGAAGUUCCUGAAGGGUGAGAAAGACGUCGAAAAGGACCAUUUCGUGAAGGCCCAGCGGCCCAGCGUCCAGUGGCUCGCCAUGUCGCAAUGUGGUUGCAACAUGUCGCAGGUCUUGCACGAGUUCUCCUCCAUCAGCUUCGAGCCUCACAAGCCGCCUGACAAGAGGGCCCUUGAACUGGAAGCUGUGCCAUGCCCUGAGAUAGACAGCAAUGGUGACGCGCUUAUCAAGUUUGAGAGCAACGGUGACGAUCUGGGCCGCCUAGAAUGGGUCUCCCAGAAGGACUUCAAGAACAUGCGGUCCCUGGACCACACAGGCUACGAGAAGCACGGCGAGGAGCGCCGUUUCGUAUGGGAGCGGUCAGAUGGGCGUGAGCUGAAGAUGCGGGACGCCUACGACGAUAUCUACGGAUCGAAUGAUGCCUCCUCAACGAUCACAGGCAUGCGGGAGGAGACCAUUGAUUAUGUGUUCUAUGACCAGGAUAUGCUGCGCCUCAAGAAGAAGAGCCCCCUGAAGUGCCUUGGGGUCAUGCCAAACGACCAGGAGCCCUCAGACCACAUCCCACUGGUCGUGACUUUCGCCCUGCCCAGCGUAGAGGUCCAGCUGCACGAAGGCCUGCGAAGAUUGGAACACCAUCUCUCGACUCUCCUUCACGAAGGGAAAGCUGGACAGAAGCUGGCGAUAGAAGUGCUCCUCCCUCUUAUGCAGGAGGCAGUAGAAGCCGCCAGAAAGCAGAGCCUGCGAAAAUGGCUCCUCUCUGGAAGCGAUGCUUUGGAGGCCAGGGAUUGUUGUUUGUUGCCUGCCAUUUUGAGAAUCUGGCCAUCAAAGGUCGCUUGA